AUGGCCACUGAUGAGCAGAAAAUCACCCUAAAAGUCUUUGUGAACAAGACCAAGGACUGCGUUGCUUUUGUCGAAUCGGACUUGGAUUUCGUGGAUGUUCUACUCAGCUUCCUCACGCUACCUGUCGGCACCGUCGUCCGCCUUCUCAACAAGAAGUCGAACUUGGGUUGCUUCGAUAAGCUUUACCAAGGCGUCGAACGUCUCGACAAGAAAUACCUUGCCACGGAAGCGUGCAGAUCGAUGUUGACGAACCCGGUGAAUUCAUCUGGAGUAAAAUGCCAGAAGCUAAAGAUUAAUAUUGAUGAAAUGGGAGAGUUAUACACAUGCGAUACAACCCAAGUUUGCUCUUUUCGUGCGUUCAGCUAUUAUUCAAGCCUCGAAUGCCAUUGUGGUGAGGGCAUGGACGAGGCAAUUAGCUACGAUCUCAAUCAAGACAAUGUUAAUUACGAAGAGUGUCGUGGCGUAUUCAUCAGGGGGGAUAAAUUUCUUGUUACUGAUGCUCUUUUGGUAGCAUCGAUUGAGCACGCGACGUCGUCUUUUUUCGGUUGCUGUGGUGACUGGACUGGCCUCGAAGAGAGAUCGAUAGGAAUAAAACGAGCACAGGUUUGGCAUAUUCUUAAAAGAUCCCUCGUUUCCGACACUCCACUGACUGAUGUUUUAUUGCGCAAGGAGGGAGAUAUCUCCCCCAAGUUUUCAGUUCCUCCUCCUGUAAAAAAAACAGUCGCAAUCGAGGCGUUUGACAAGAAGAAGAUUAUAUACAAAAUCAAGCUGUCUCUUGUGGGGAACAAGGUGCUGUAUGCUGAAGCUAGUCAGGAUUUUGUUAAUGAAAUUUUCAGUUUCCUCACAUUCCCAUUGGGUACUUUAAAGAAGCAGCUGGGCGGUCGAUGUAAGAUUACAUGUCUUAAUAACUUGUAUGGCAGUGCAAGGCAAUUGCACACGUCAGGUUACAUGGUUGCAGGCUGCGAUGAGAGACUACUUAAUCCUAAGCUUCCGCCAUAUUUCAACUGCAACAAUCGAGUUAUUGAAGUAGAGGUGGCGAGGGAAGAAAUGUACUACGCAUGUGACUACCGCUGCAGACUAAGCGCAACGAGGUACUACUGCUCCUCGCCUUUCCAUUAUGGUAGAAAGGCAAAACGGGCACUGCUAAUAGAUCCCAAAACAUCACCCAAGAGAUUAGAUUUUCCUAAGGGAAGCUUCUGCAAGAAAUUAACGUACAUUGUUAGCGACGAACUGGUAGUCACCCCGUUCUCCUUCACAUCACUCUUUUCACUUCGCAGGCAAAUCUCUGAACCAGUCAAGAUGGUAGAGUUGGGCAUAGAUAAAGAAGAGGUUCUUGCUUUGCUUGAUGCUGCUUUGUCUUCGAGCACAGCGCUGACAGAUGCAUUUUUUGAUAGAGCUAAUGCGGCGCUCUGUUUGGUCGAUGAGAAGGGUGAAUGA